AUACCGGCGAGUGGGCACGCUGGGAGUGAGGGGCCCCACUGAAAUAGAAGAAAGGUUUCCUUUUGUGGCGAUUAUAUAAGAGAGUUGUGGAUGGGUGGCAUGUUGAGUUGAGAUAAUAAUUUUCUCACGUAUCACUUUUCUACAUACAUAGCUCACAGUCACAGCUUUGGUUUGUUUCCGAGAGAUUGAUAUCAGUGGGCAUGGGAUACGAUGCGUAUGCGUUUGGGGAAGUGGGAGAAGAAGAUAUGAUUGAGGAGCUGCUGGUAGAAGGUUGCUGGGUGGAAAGGAGUGGGAAGAGAUGGUGGAUUAAUCCGAAUCCUGGGUCGGUGAAAGAGAGAGUGGUGGUUGCGGUGGGGUACCUGAGAGAAUACAGGAAGAACGGGAAUGAGGUGAUGCAGAUAUGGGUUCCGGAAAGGGGAGGGGGAGGGGGAGGGGGAGGGGUUGGGCCAGGGCCAGAUGAGUCGGUCUGGGGUGGUUAUCCGAUGAACAUGAACAUGAACAUGAACAUGAACAUGAACAUGAACAUGAACAUGAACAUGAACAUGAACAUGAACAUGAUGAACCGAAGCAUAAGGGUUGGGUUUUUGAGAUGGGAGGAAGGGGUUCCUUAUGGUUAUGAAGAGGGCCCAGGAUGGAUGGGCCUUCCGGUGUUGGAAAGAGGGAGUGGGAAGUGUCUGGGAGUGCUCCACAUUGAGUAUGAGUAUGAAGGUGGUGUGGAGGGAGCAGUGAAUGAGGUGGUGGAGGUGUUGACGUGUGUGUGCAAGGCGCAGAAUCUGCCUUUGGCACUCACAUGGGCUCCUUGCACCCAAGCCAAGUGCGGCUACGGCCACUCCCACUCCAAUUACGUCUCCACUGUCGACAGAGCGUGUUUCGUCGGAGAUGCGCACUUGUUGCCCUUCCAUGAGGUCUGCUCCGACCAUCACCUUUUGCGGGGACAGGGAAUCGUUGGAACGGCCUUCACCACUGCCAAGCCCUGUUUCGCCACUGACAUCACCGCCUUCACCAACGAUGAAUACCCUUUGGCUCACCAUGCCUCCGUGCUGGGCCUCCACGCUGCCGUCGCUAUUCCUCUGCGGAGCGUCUCCACGGACUUUGUGGUGGAGUUGUUCCUUCCCAAGGACUGCCUCCUGAGGGAGCACCAGAACCACUUGCUCAACUCCUUGUCCCUCCUCCUUCAGCAAGCUUGCCGGAGCCUCCAUGUUGUGACGGAGGAUGAGUUGUCGUUCCCAUUCCCGCAGGUUGUAGAAGAACAGUCGUGGAUCGCGAACAUGAUGGAGGCCCAGGCCCAGAAGGGGAAAGGUGUGUGCGUGUCUUUGGAAUACCUUGAACUGGAAGAGCCCAUGGAGGAGUUCAAAGUGACAAGCAACUGCAACUGGGACAAGACUCCCAGUUAUGUAGAGGAGCAGCAGGUGUUUUCUGAUUUUAUUGCACAAGACUCCCAAACUCACACUCACACCUUCAGUGCCCGCCGUGGCAGAAAGUCCGGUGAGAAGAGACGAACCAAGGCGGAGAAGACUAUCAGCUUGCCAGUUCUAAGACAGUACUUCGCAGGAAGCCUGAAAGAUGCGGCAAAGAGCAUUGGCGUGUGUCCCACAACUCUGAAAAGAAUAUGCAGACAGCAUGGCAUAACGAGGUGGCCUUCGAGGAAAAUAAAGAAGGUAGGGCACUCUUUGAAGAAGCUUCAGCUUGUGAUUGAUUCGGUGCAGGGUGCGGAGGGUUCCAUACAGAUCGGCUCCUUCUAUUCCAGUUUUCCAGAGUUGAGCUCUGCUGCUCCUUGUGAGUCGAAAAACAAGAAUAUUAAUAACUCGUUGCAUGGGCAUGCAGAAAGCCCUGUUGGCGUUGCAGUUGCAUUGAGAGUGAAGGCGACUUUUGCGGAUGAGAAAAUCCGAUUCAGCUUGCAACAGGUGUGGGGGUUCGCAGAGUUGCAGGUGGAGAUAGCAAGGCGUUUCAAUCUAAACGAGAUGAGGAGUGUGGUUCUAAAGUAUUUGGAUGAUGAAGGGGAGUGGGUGGUCUUAGCUUGCGAUGCUGAUCUUGAGGAGUGUAAAGACUUGCAUACAGCGUCUCACAACCGCACAAUUAGACUCGCCCUAUUUCAAGCUUCACCUCCCAAUACUUUCCCCUAUCCUAGCCCUUCAACCUAGCUACGCCUCUUUCUCUUUCUUACUACAUAUAUAUCAUCUAUCACAUCUCAACCAUUUUAUUAUUUAUA